UGGUCUCCUUUGGUUUCGAUGCGUUUGAACCUCAGACGAAUCAUUUCGUCCGAAACGAGGGUUUCAGCCUUCUCUUCUCUGCAAUUUUAUUCUAUCCAUCUCAACUGUAAUGCUUCGCCCGCGCCGGAGAUUUUGGACCAUGAGAGCCGUAUCAAACCUUUAAACAGAACCGAUCUCGAAACUUUAGUGCUGCAGCAGUACCGCCAUGGAAAAUUCUCUGACCUCGUCACCAACGUCGUCGCCGUGCCUGCCGUUCUACUGGCUGCCUCCGAUAAUCUUCGUCCUCGACUCUCUAAUGGCGAAAGCUCCUUCGAUUCUUCUCUUUACACCUCCGUGUCCCGGAGAUUUUCAGUGGAAGACACCGCACGCGAACUUCGAGAAAAUCGUUUCGAUGUUGAAGCUUGUUGUGUUAGAAUGCUGCCCUCGAGAAAGAAAGGAGACUCCUUGGUCCUUCCCAAUCUGAAACUGAAAGUCGUCAUUGAAGCUGUUCGGCUUGUGCUGGAGAUUGUCUACGAUGAGCGUUUCGCUACUUUUGCCUACGGUGGCCGUGUUGGUAUGGGUGGGCAUACUGCAAUGAGGUACCUUAAACACUCCGUCGAAAACCCUAAUUGGUGGUUUCAUGUUUGUUUUCAUCCCCACAAAUUUGAUGCUCUACAUUUUCGUAAACUUAGUUCCUUCAUCCAAUCUAAGAUAGAAGAUAAGCUUUUGAUUGAUCUUAUAUGGAGAUUCUUCGAAUCCGAAGCGGUGAGGAUUGAAUUUGGUGGUUGUUCCAUGGGAAGGGGCUUUCCCCAAGAAAGUAACCUCUCCCCAAUUUUGAUCAAUGUUUACUUCAAUGGUCUUGAUAAGGAAAUGCAAAAUCUCCGCAUGCAGAUGGACCAUCUCAAUCCGAAAUUUGAUCCCAUGGAGUAUUCUUUGCCUCCAUCCAGAGUUUUCCAUAAACCUGUGAAGAUGUACGCAGUUAGGUACUUGGAUGAGAUACUAGUGAUAACGUCUGGUUCGAAACCACUGACUAUGGACUUGAAGAAUCAAAUUGUAGAAUUUCUAGAGGGGAUAUUGGAGCUAAAGGUAGAUAGAUUAAAUACUACAAUCCAUAGUGCAGUAUCAGAGAAGAUUAUCUUUUUAGGAAUGGAACUUCAGGCUGUUCCCCCUUCAGUUUUGCAUCCUCCAUUGUCAGAUAAAGCGAUCAGGGCUCGGAAGAAGUACAUUAAACAGAAAGAGGCUAGGGCUCUAGAGCUGAGAAAUGCUAGGGAGACUAGAAGAAAGAAACUGGGUUUGAAAAUUUUAAAUCACGUUUUUAAGAAGUUAGAGAGGGCUGAAGGGUUCAAAUUUGACUUCCAUAUUGAGAUGCAGGUCAGAGAUAUCUUUAGAGCUUGGGCAGAUGAAGUGGUGCAAGAGUUCUUGGGGUCCUUGGACGAGCGUUCAAAUUGGCAUCGGAUACUGUCAUCAGGUGAUUUUCUCAAUUUGAAAGCUAUUAGGAGUCAGCUUCCCCAACAGCUUGUGGACGCUUAUGACCAAUUUCAAGAGCAGGUAAACAACUUUUUGAAUCCAGUUCAAGCUAGAAAAGCUUUGGAGGAAGAAGGCAGGAGAAGAGAAGAAGAAGAAAGAGAGAGUUACUCAAGGAGCACAGUGAAGGAUUUGACAAAAUUGUGUAUCAGAGUUGCUGCACCAAUCCAUCUUGUUAGGAAAGCGGUUAAAUUAGCUGGAUUUACAAAUUCAAUGGGGCGUCCAAGGCCAAUCAAAUUAUUAAUUCCUCUGGAAGAUACCGAUAUCAUCAAGUGGUAUGCAGGUGUAGGUAGGAGAUGGCUGGAUUUCUUCUGCUGCUGCCGAAAUUUCAGUAUGGUAAAAACGGCUGUCACCUACCACUUAAGGUUUUCCUGUUUAUUGACACUAGCAGAAAAGCAUGAGUCAACCAAACGUGAGGCCAUUAGGCAUUACACCAAGGAUCUGAAAGUUUCUGAUGCAACUGGUUUGGAAGAAGUGCACUUCCCAACAGAGAGGGAGAUCAAGAUGAUGGGUGAUAAUAAUCUUUCUGAUCCAAAACCUGUGGAUGGGACACUAUCAAUGAUUCUGAUCAGAUUAGCUUCUGAUGAGUCUUCAUGUUCUUGUGUGGCUCACUUCUGCAAUAGAACAGAUGUUGGCGUUUAUCGGAUCCGGUUACUGCAAAACCGUCUUAAUAUGAAUCCAUUGAAUGAAGAGAAGUGGGUUCCUGGAAUGGGAGUCAUUCAUGAGAGUCUAAAUCGGAAGUGCCUCCCACUCUGUUCUGAUCACACAAGUGAUUUAUACCUGGGAAAAAUCUCCCUACAGGACAUUGACUGUACUUCUUUUCUGGAUGUGCAAUGAGUAAAAAUUUUUAUUUCUUGUUCCA